GGGAGCGCUGGCUCCCGGCAUGCCGCGCGCUGACAGCCUUAUAAAUAGUCGCCUGUGCAGGCGGCCGGCGAGGACAGGCAGGGCACGCACUGGCCCCAGCGCCCACCCGCACCCCUCCCCAGAGCACUGACUCGGCUCCCGGGACCUCAGCAGGAUGGAAGAGAAGCUGAAGAAAACCAAGAUCAUCUUUGUGGUGGGCGGGCCUGGCUCGGGGAAGGGCACCCAGUGUGAGAAGAUUGUGCAGAAGUACGGCUACACCCACCUCUCUACCGGGGACCUGCUGCGGGCCGAGGUCAGCUCAGGCUCGGCCAGGGGCAAGAAGCUGUCGGAAAUCAUGGAGAAGGGGCAGCUGGUGCCGCUGGAGACAGUGUUGGACAUGCUCCGCGACGCCAUGAUGGCCAAAGUAGACACUUCCAAAGGCUUCCUGAUCGACGGCUACCCGCGGGAGGUGCAGCAGGGAGAAGAGUUUGAGCGGCGGAUCGGACAGCCCACACUGCUGCUGUAUGUGGACGCAGGCCCUGAGACUAUGACCAAGCGGCUCCUGAAGCGCGGGGAGAGCAGCGGGCGUGUGGAUGACAAUGAGGAGACCAUCAAGAAGCGGCUGGAGACCUAUUACAAGGCCACGGAACCCGUCAUCACCUUCUAUGAGAAACGCGGCAUCGUGCGCAAGGUCAACGCCGAAGGCUCCGUGGACAGUGUCUUCUCCCAGGUCUGCACCCACCUGGAUGCCCUGAAGUAGCGACGCCGGAGCCCCUUCCCCAGCUCGGAGCCCCACCCCAGCCCUGUGCUGGCCCGAGCCCAGCGCCUCCACCCCGCCUGGCCGCGCACAGACAGAGGAAGCCACUUAUCCUGUUUUCAUGGACAGCCCAGCACUAAAUGAAUUUCCAAGGACA